CCAACAAUUGGAUAAUAUAUGUUACUAUCAUGUUGCAAAUUAUAACAAAGUAUGGAAAAUGAUAACAAAUAUCAAGUGAAAAAAUAUACUUCUCUUUCUUGAAGUUUUUCUGAUACUUAUCUAUAAUUCAAACUUAAAUAUGCAGCAUGUGAAAUGCGUUGUUGUCGGUGAUGGUGCCGUUGGAAAAACCUGCUUAUUGAUGGUUUACUCCAGGAAUUCUUUCGACGAAAAAUAUAUUCCAACAGUGUUUGAUAAUUAUACAGCAAAUGUAAAAGUGAAUGAUAGUUAUAUAGAGUUAGGACUAUGGGACACAUCAGGUCAAGAUGAUUACGAUCGAUUACGACCAUUAUCAUAUCCACAAACGGAUGUGUUCCUUGCCUGUUUUUCACUUGUUUAUCGAUCAAGUUUUGUUAACAUAGUUUACAAAUGGAUUCCUGAAAUUAGACACCAUUGUCCAAGCACGCCAAUUAUUUUAGUUGGCACAAAGCUCGAUGUUCGAAGAAACAAAGGACCAGAUAAUUUAAGACAUAUUGAGAAAAAUACUCAUCCAAUAACAUUCAGUGAGGGACAAUCUUUAGCAAAGCGAAUUGAUGCCGCAAAAUAUAUAGAAUGUUCUGCAAAGUCUCAGGAAGGGAUUCAAUCUGUGUUUGAGGAGGCUGCAAAGACUGGGUUACUUCCAAUUAAGCGCAAACCACAACACAGAUGUGAUGUAUUUCUUGCUUGUUUUUCAUUGGUUUAUAGAUCUAGUUUUGAUAACAUACUUCACCAAUGGAUUCCUGAAGUCAGACACCACUGCUCAAGAACACCUAUAGUGUUAGUUGGUACAAAACUUGACAUUCGACAAGAACCAGGAAAUUCGUCACAUAUUGAGAAAAACACUCGUCCAGUAUCAUUCAGUGAGGGACAAUCUUUAGCAAAACGAAUAGAUGCUGUCAGAUAUUUAGAAUGUUCUGCAAAGACUCAAGAAGGGCUUCAGUCUGUUUUUGAAGAGGCUGCAAAAGCUGUGCUAUUUCCAUCUUAUCACAAACCAAAACGAAGAUCAUGCAUUUUAUUGUGAAGUUGUGUUUACUAAUAUGAUAUGUUUUAUUUGUAUACAGUUUUACAAAUUCCUUUGGACGUUUACACUUGAUUAAAGAAAACAACAAAACAAAAUUGUACAAAUA